AUAAUUUUUUUGAAUAAAGAAACUACUCCCGUGUAUGCUCGGCCCCCUAAUGUUUGAUCCGCGAAGGACUCUUGGAGUAUCAACUCAUAAAUCGUUGAGUUAAAUUCUCAAAGGCCAAAUUAAGAAUAAUCAUUUUCAUACCAAGAGGAAGGUGCACUUCGCUCCAAAAUGAAAAAAACCAAUCGACUUCCCACCAAAAUAUUCAACCUUCCUUCGGCAGCCACCUCCCAUUACUCUCUCUUUUGCCCUACUUGCAACCCCUCCCAUUCCCUCCCCACUGCUCUCUCUCUCUCUCUCUCUCUCUAUAUCACGAGAGGCCAUAGUCGUGGCAGCCGAUGAAGGAGACCUUGAGCUCAUUCUCUCCAUUCAAGAGGGUUCUACAGACUCCACCCACUUCUCCCUCAUCCCAUCAUUCCUACUUACCGGGCUACAUAUCAAAUGAUGGUUCCCCCAAGAGGUCUCAAUGCACUGACAUGUCUAUUUUUCGUAAUGCUGUCCAAAAUUACCUCGAUACUGAGCCCAUCCGCACUAAUGCCACUGUUCCAUCCAAGUCCAGAAAGCCAAGGAGCUCCAAUGAAGUGGGAGUCAAAAGGUUUUCAAGUUUACGAAUCAGAAAUCCAUUGGUAUCUUCUAUGGAAAUUAGCCACUGCUUCUCAGAUAUCUGAUUCGUUUGGCUAGCAACCAUCAGGUAGGUCUUGCAAAACAUAAGACCUAGCAAACCAGAUGUUUUGGCUUGAAUAUCUUCUGUUUGAUGAAAUGUUUGUCUAACAAGUGAAACCCUUUUCUGAAUAAUCCUGCAAAAUUAUAUUUCGCUGAAUGACUCUAUGAACUAGGUUCUAUUAGGCAUUUGUUAGCAGGCGAUACUUUUUCUCAUUGUUGGGUGGCGGUUGGGGUCUUAAUUGAAAAGGGAGCUCCUAGAACAAGCUCAGUUGGGGAAAGCUAUAGCAUUUGGAAAAUGGGCUGGCUGGAUGUAUUGGAUGUAUCUGUUUUCUUUUUUGGUGAUGCCUAUUCUAAUGGUUCUAACUUUUAACGAGCCUGUAGGGUAAUAUUUGCAUUAUUCAGUUCUUCAGUCUGGAAGGAUGUAAGUGAAAAUUUGUAAGUGUAGAAAUGCUUUUGGGGAUUUUAUCUAUAUGCUACUAAUCUCCAUUACCCUGGAUAGGCAAA